GAGUAGUUUUUCCAUCUCUGCACAGUCAGCCUGGACUUUAACAGCCAUUUCUGGCGAGGCCAUGGUGGGGGGGGCUCGUUUAUUGGACUUUCGCUUUUUCCCGGGGUUGAUCUCCUGGGAACGGCCUUUCAGGUCAGUUUGGAUGUGAUGUCUGGGAAUCUGGGACAAUCUGAAACAUCUGCAGUUUAUCAUGAGAGACAGCGCCUGGAACUAUGUGCCGUUCAUGCCCUCAAUAAUGUCCUGCAGGAACGACUCUUUACCCAAGACAUAGCUGAUGAAAUCUGUAAAAGGCUGGCUCCUGAUGCUAGGUGGAAUCCACACCGUAGCUUUCUGGGGACAGGGAACUAUGAUGUCAAUGUCAUCAUGGCAGCUCUUCAGAGUGUGGGGCUUGAAGCCAUUUGGUGGGAUAAACGAAGACCCCUCGAGCAAUUGUCCCUGGCAGGGCUGGUUGGCUUCAUCGUGAAUGUCCCUUCCAAUGUGUGCCUGGGUUUCCUGUCUCUUCCUGUGAGGCGUCGCCACUGGAUUGCUGUGCGUCAGCUUGAUGGCAUCUAUUAUAAUCUUGACUCCAAACUGAAGGCACCAGCACCAAUUGGUGGUGAAGCUGACCUCAGGAUAUUUCUCCAGGAGGUGCUUUCCCAAGGCGCAUAUUGUGAUUUGGGGUGGGAGAAGAAGAUUAUAUCCCAUUUAUGUAGAAAGUUGCACUGAAAAUCCUAGUAAAAAUAAAAAUCAGUGUAUAACAUUCAAAAGGCUACAAGGUUAACAAGACAGCAGGAGUGUCCUCAAGCCACCAUCGCCAGGGCUGCACCGUACUUUGAGACACACACACACACACACACCAUUCUAAUUGACAAAGUCAGGUCUUAACAAUCUUGGGAAACCAGAAGAGUGGGGAGGCACUUCAUCUGGGGAUAAGAUGUUCCAUAGGUUGGGGACAGCAGCUGAGAAGGGCCUCCAAGAACACACCAGUCAAAACUCUGAUGGGACGUAGCAUACCCUCCCUGCUUGACUGUGUGGGAUGGGUUGAUGUAAUUGGGGCAAGACAGUUCCUCAAGUAUCCUUAUAGGUCCAAAACUAACUGUCACGUAUCCCACUUCCCCCUCAAAAAAGAUGGAUAAAGAAUAAAGCUGCCAAGAAUUCAUUUGUUGCUGCUCUUCUGUAAUGUUCUAUUUUUUAUCAUCUUUUACUCAUCGCAACUAAAGAAAUAGGUUUAUGGACAAGAUAUGGCUUUCAAAUUUCAGCAAGAAUGUUGAAUAAAUAUUCAUACAAAUCUCUUGGGAGGUUGGAAGCAAAAUAAAAAUAAAUCAGAAAAAUGGAUUAUUUUCUUUAAGGGGAGAUUAUUUUCUGCUUUUCUCCAGGAGUGCACAGAGCCAGUCUGUCCUAUUUUCCAUCCUGAGGGUUUGAGCUACUAACCAACAAGGGCCACUUUACGGGUAAAGCCUGGUUUACAAGUUGGUAGUGACUUCUCAGAACAAAAAUAUUUGCUCAGCUUUUAUAAAAGGGAAAUAAAUUCACUAGGGAACCUUAGUCGGGCAGGAUAAGCAGGUAGCAUGUGGAUAUAUACUUCGUGAUAAAGCUGCUGAAUUUUUUGCUUUUUUUUCUUGAAGUUACACCUUUUGCUUUAAGGUGUAAACUUUCCAACUAUUUUUGGUUAUUUUUGUCAGUAUUGGCAAUAUGGUUACUUACAAUAAACAUUUCUCAGCCUGUUUUUUCAAACCAUGGAACCCACAAAGUCUGUCCCCUUCCAUGAAAUUAGAAAAAAGAAUGAGACGGUCGCACAGAAAUGGAGUGGGAGAGAUUAUGAAAAUUAUUUUCAUAAUUUUGUACUCAAAUGCUGUGCUCAAAAGCUAAAACACCCUAAUAAUGCCAGGGUAACAAAACAAAUUCUCACAGUGCAGUUAUAAUUGUGCCAGUUUCCCUAUCAAUUCUCAAUGAUUUCCCUUUUUUUAAAAAAAUCCCAUUCUUCUUGCCUUAAAUAAUGUGUUCCUAAUUGCUUAGCUGUGAGACUAUAAUUAGUUCAGCAUUGGGACCCAUGCUAGGUAAGAAGAUCUGGGAUUAUCCCCCAUCACCUCCAGAUUACAUGGUCUUCC